AGUUUGGACGUGCGUGCAGAUUAUUCCGUGUUUGCACAUGCGCAGUGAGGUACCCGAACUUGCCAAUAACAGCGACCCCACACACUGAAGAAAGGAUGCUCCAGGUCGAGAUGUCUGUGCUGAAAUCUGACAGCGUUAACCUGGACUAGAGUCGAAAUGGGGAAGGGCUGUAAAGUUGUUGUCUGCGGCCAGGCUUCUGUUGGAAAGACUGCUAUCCUGGAGCAGUUACUGUACGGAAACCACACUGUCGGGUCUGAAACCAGUGGAACCCAGGAGGAUGUGUACGUGGCCUCGGUGGAGACGGACCGCGGGGUGAAGGAACAGCUAAGGCUGUACGACACCCGGGGCCUGCAGGACGAACUGGACCUCCCCAAGCACUACUACCUGGUGGCGGACGGCUUCGUGCUAGUCUACAGCGUGGACAGCCUGGAGUCCUUCAAGAAGGUCGACAUACUGAAGAAGGAAAUCGACAAGUCCAGAGAUAAGAAAGAGGUGGCGGUCAUCGUCCUGGGCAACAAGACGGACCUGCGGGAGCAGCGGCAGGUGGACCCCGAGGCGGCGCAGCAGUGGGCGCGCGGCGAGAAGGUGAAGCUGUGGGAGGUGAGCGUGGCGGAGCGCGGCUCCCUCAUCGAGCCCUUCACCACGCUCACCAGCCGCCUCACGCAGCCGCAGAGCAAGUCCGCCUUCCCCCUGCCCGGCCGCAAGAGCAAGGGCACGCCGUCCAACGACCUCUGAACCCCCGGGAACGGCCCCGUCACUCACUCACCCCCCCCACCCCCCCCACCCCGCCUGGCACUCCACCCCUCUCGCCCGACACUCCAUCCUCCCCUCCCGCCUGCAGCUCCCCCCCCCCCCUACCCGAAGCUUACUCCCCCGGCCCCGAUGCCCCCCCCCCCCCUGAGCUUGGUCUCGUGAGACGCGGUAGAGUUGGUUCCGACUCGUCCGUUGUGUCGCGAGCCACCCUUUUUAAUUUAACAUGGAAGGCGAUGGUGUCAGGCUUUGAUCAAUGGUGUGGGAUCGGUUAUACCGUUGACCUCGGCGUUAGUUGCACUUCUGCAUUUCUUAGCCUGUUGGGUAGACUUCUGUUGAAAUUAUUAUAACACGGAUGAUCAUGACACGCCAAGCAAGGCAGGUAGAGGCACAUCCAGCACGGCAAAGCUGGGCGUGACAUGGGUAGCAACGUACAGACGGUAGCCUUUCUAACGUUAGAACUACCAUCUAUGGAUAGAUAUUUAUUUUUUAACUAAUUUAUUUUUUAGCACUUUAAUAAACCCACAUUCCUGACGUGUCUAGCAAUGUGAAAAAGCUAAACGGUACUGUGUGAUGUAAAUGCAUUGUGUUCCGAGAACCUGAACAAAAGUUUUUCUACUGGUAGCGAAUGAGCUUGUGUCUUAGCUUAGUAUAAUACCUUUUUAAGUUGUUUUCAAAUCUUCCUCUGCUGUCCAGCAAUAUUCCUGUGAUCGUUUACAUACUGUAGUGGUUAACAAUGCAUGGAUUAAAAUACUGGCUCUAGA